UUUCUUGCUGCUGUUUCUUUCUCGCACUUUCACCAGUCUUCUUCGGAUCUCAAAUCUCAGGCCUCGAACUUCGACUACCAUCUCGGAACCCGGUCUAUUCCCGGUCCUCAUGAUGCUGUCAACUCGGUGAACUCUGAAGGCUCAGAUCCUUGUAUGCAUCCGCAUACAAUGAAGACAAGUCUGGCAGGGAAGCUGGCUAUGGGUCGGGAGCUUCACAUGGUGCUCCGGCACCGCUCUCUCAUGUUUACCCGUGCAGGAAGUUUGCAACUGCAGACUCUCGUCAGGUUUUCUCACUCCACUGAGGCAGAAAACCUGAUAAGGGGAGGGAGCUUCCGCCUAGCUUCCACAAUUUCAUGUGGUGAGCUAUCCCUAAGUACUGCUUUUGCCCUCAUAAUAUUGCUUUUGCCCGCAUUUUGCUUAUGUGGAUGCCUCGCUUCCUCUUCGGCGAUGAUGCCAUGCUACCUCUUACCUACUACCUCUCUCCAAGCUACCCUACCCUCUCACCAAGCUGCCCUCUCACCAAGCUGCCUCGUGCUGCACUACCUCUUGCUGAGCUAUCUUUUCUAUCAUGCUCCUUGUUUCCUCACCUCAUUGUGUCGCUCUGCAGCUCCUACGACUGUAGGACCCGAGGCUCACUUCGCUGCGUCGCAUUCACUCCGACUUUGUUGGGAUUCGCAGCUCACCUCGGCUCACUCUUGCACAGGUUUGGGCCUGCUAUCGGGGCUCUGCACAAAUAGCUAUCUGCAUACAGUCAAUGCAAACAUUCUCUCACGCUCUCACCAAAACUAUUGCAUGAUAGCCCCCACAAAGUUGGUGAGCAUGUAAGUAAUUAAGACUGUUGUCCCUUGACAGUUACGCCAAAAGGCAGUGAUAAUUAAAGCUCACACUUGAUUACCGCAGACAGUAUUUAUGCUGAUUAUG